ACACACACACACACACACACACACACAACACACACACACACACACCUGACCCCUCUAAAAAAAAAAAAUCAAAAUAAAGCAAGCAAACAAAGCCACCACGAUGGACCCGGGAGAGUGUGUGUGAGUGUGAGGGGCACGAGUAUGUGUAUGAGUGCGCCCGCCUUUCUCCCUUAUUUGCCUCUGUGUGUCUCUCUCUGUACCCUCCCCCUGCCUCAGUUACAUUAUUCCCCCAGACUUGGAAGCCGCUUCUUGAGCUGACGCUUUGAUGGUAUCUGCAAGCAUUUGUGCUGAUCUUAUUUCUGCCCCCUGAAUAUUAAUUCCCGAAGCUGAUAGCAAUACAUCUCCCCAGUGACGGGACCUACUAGAGGCAGGUGGGGGGAGCCACCAUCAGAUCAUAAGCAUAAUAAUAAUACAAAGGGGAGGGAUUCUUCUGCAACCGAGAGGCGAGAGGAGGAAAAAAAAAAAAAAGGCGAUGAGUUCGCCAAAUAGAUGGAGCACAGGAAGCUCAGUCUACUCGACUCCUGUAUUUUCACAGAAAAUGACGGUGUGGAUCCUGCUCUUGCUAUCGCUCUACCCAGGCCUCACUAGCCAAAAAUCUGAUGAUGACUAUGAAGACUAUGCUUCCAACAAAACAUGGGUCUUGACACCAAAAGUUCCUGAGGGUGAUGUCACUGUUAUCUUAAACAACCUCCUGGAAGGCUACGACAAUAAACUUCGACCUGAUAUAGGAGUGAAACCAACAUUAAUUCACACAGACAUGUAUGUGAAUAGCAUUGGUCCAGUGAAUGCUAUUAAUAUGGAAUAUACGAUUGAUAUAUUUUUUGCCCAAACAUGGUAUGACAGACGUCUGAAAUUUAACAGUACAAUUAAAGUUCUCCGAUUGAAUAGCAACAUGGUGGGAAAAAUCUGGAUUCCAGACACUUUCUUCAGAAAUUCAAAAAAGGCUGAUGCACACUGGAUAACCACUCCCAAUAGGAUGCUGAGAAUUUGGAAUGACGGUCGAGUGCUCUAUACCUUAAGGCUGACUAUCGAUGCUGAGUGCCAAUUACAGUUGCACAAUUUCCCGAUGGAUGAACACUCUUGCCCCUUGGAGUUCUCCAGUUAUGGCUAUCCACGUGAAGAAAUUGUCUAUCAAUGGAAACGCAGUUCUGUUGAAGUGGGUGACACCAGAUCUUGGAGGCUUUAUCAAUUUUCAUUUGUUGGCUUGAGAAAUACCACUGAAGUAGUGAAGACAACUUCUGGAGAUUACGUGGUCAUGUCAGUCUACUUUGACCUGAGCAGAAGAAUGGGGUACUUCACCAUCCAGACCUACAUCCCCUGCACACUCAUCGUUGUUCUAUCCUGGGUGUCUUUCUGGAUCAACAAGGAUGCAGUUCCAGCCAGAACUUCUUUAGGUAUCACCACCGUCCUGACAAUGACUACCCUCAGCACCAUCGCCCGGAAGUCACUCCCCAAGGUUUCCUAUGUCACAGCAAUGGAUCUCUUUGUGUCUGUCUGCUUCAUAUUUGUCUUCUCUGCUUUGGUGGAGUAUGGAACCCUGCAUUAUUUUGUCAGCAACCGGAAACCAAGCAAGGACAAAGACAAAAAGAAGAAAAACCCUCUUCUUCGGAUGUUUUCCUUCAAGGCCCCUACUAUUGAUAUCCGCCCAAGAUCAGCAACCAUUCAAAUGAACAAUGCCACGCACCUUCAAGAGAGAGAUGAAGAAUACGGGUAUGAGUGUCUGGAUGGGAAGGACUGUGCCAGUUUUUUCUGCUGUUUUGAAGAUUGCCGAACAGGAGCUUGGAGACAUGGGAGGAUACAUAUCCGUAUUGCCAAAAUGGACUCCUAUGCACGGAUCUUCUUCCCCACUGCCUUCUGUUUGUUCAAUCUGGUUUAUUGGGUCUCCUACCUUUACCUGUAAAGAGAUAUGGGUUUUAUUGAUAUGGGUCUUAUUCACUAAAUCUCAUAGAAAGAACAUGUCCUUUCUAAGUCCGCUUAAAUAAUCUUGUGUGUGGUUUAUAAUGAUCUGAAUCUGUUUCUAUGUUCUAACCUGGUAAACUGUGUUAAUGUCAUUGUUUGUGCCCAACUCUUCUUUGGCAAGUGUAAUUUGAACUAUAAUGUUUCUGUGUUGCGAACCUGCAAGGCAAAGUGAAAUUAGAGCAAGAACACUGAAAUCAAAUAAGAUAUUUUCCAGCUACAGCAUUUGCAAUAGUAAAAGCUAUGACUAUUUACAGCAGUGGUGUCUUUACUCAAUUCAAAAUACAAUUAGAUGCAAAAGGUCUAAAACUAAAGACCUUAUUAGAUGUAAAAGGUCUAAAAGGUCUAAAACUACCAUAUGUUCAUUUUGAGUCAAAUUGUGAUAAAUUUGAUCCCAACAGAGUAUCUCCCUCAUUUGAGACAAAUCAUACCUCACUUUCAAUAUAAGAACCUAGACAAGAAAUCUAUUACACUUCCAUCCCAAGAUAGGGAGAAAAUUUCCUCCAUAUCACGUGUACAAUGUUGUAAAUAUUUCAAUAACAUAGAAUGCUUCAAGUUUAAUGCAUGCAUCUCUUUAGAGCCAAAAUCAAUGGACUGGAGUUAACAUCAUUGUACCAUCUUUUAUUCAGUGUCUUUGGGUUACAAAAGAAUCAUGAAUGUAAUUAUAAGGGUUUGGGUUUGGAAUUGGAUGGAAGAAUUUUCACAACCAUCUCCUUUAUGCAUGAAGAUUGAAACAGCUUAUUUUUUUUCCCCUUGUAUGACACAUUAAAAAAUAUAGACUGAAUAUUCGACAUUUGCCACCUCUAAAUAUGCCCAAUUUCAUAAAGUAUAAAGUAACUAUAUGUGCUUGCCACUAUGUUUUCUUCUUUUUAGGAUGAUAGAUCUUAAUAGAACUUACUCUCCAUCUCAAUACCUGCUUCUAAUGAUCAUGAGUGCCUUGUGGACAGAAUCCUCGUCAUUCCCUCUUUGGGUCCUCAGCACCUUGUGUAGUGUCUGGCACAUACUUGAUGGUCAAUAACUAUGGUUUGAAGUGAAAUGGCCCCCCCAGGCUUCUGGUGACUCACUCUGUGCUGGUCUGGAACCAGCGAUUCAUCUUUUCACAUCGGCAUGGUCACAUGAUACUUGAUGUUGUAGAAAUAAACAGAAGGAUCUAAAGAACUUUGGCAAUUUAGAUUCCUUAUCAAAAACUCACUUUAGCCAAUGCCCAUGCUCCUUUAAAAAUGAUAUUUAUGUCCUACAUUUGUAUACAAAAAUGAGUCUACUAGGGAAUAAUUAGAGUUUGUGUAUUAUUUUUCUAGGUUUGGGGAUGAGUCAGCCUCGACCAUCCACAAAUGUGCUUGAGGACAUAUGACAGGCAUAAGCAAGAUUCACACUUGUCUAGUGUUCAGAAUAUCCUAUGCUCUGUGAAAAGAAAAAAUUACACUGAAGAUUAAAUUUAAAAACUGAAAUAAAAAAAUAAUGACUUACUAAGAGGCUCGAGCCUGUGAUUGUGGCCUCAUUACACCUUAUUCUAAACACAUGAAGCAAGUGUCUCAGACUUCAAAACAUAAGGAGUUGGGCUCCAUCUUCAUGUACUCAUCCUGAAUUCUUAUUUUUCUAAAAUAGCACCCUUUGUCAGUUCUUCUUUAUGGCAAUCAUUACUCUAAGUCAGAAUUCGAUCACCGCUGGUAAAACUUUAUAGAUAACCUAAGAAGAGUAGAAGAAAGAGUGGCUUUGUUAAUAUAAAUCUAUAUAAAGUUAUCAAGUCAUCUGGAUGAAUCUUGAAACACAUUUAGCUGCCAAUUUGACAAACCUUUAAUAUACCAGUGCUCUAGUAUAUAACCUCAAACACAUGUAAAUAGAAUUAAUUAUUUUCUUGUUUUGAGUUGUUAACAUACUCAAUGUUGCCUCUUUGGGAGAGUUGUUGGCAAAUUUUCAAUGGUAAGAAACAUGUUAUUAUUGUCAACCUGAAAUGUAUUCUAUAGUGGGGAUACUCCAAAAAGCUAGCUUUCCAAUGUGUGCAUAGUACUGACAAUAUGAAUAUAUAUUAUGUAUAAUCUAGUUCUUAAUUAUCAGCUGCUCCCUGUCUGUGUAUUUGAAAACCUUUUCGCAAAGGGAAUCGCCUACUAUGUGGACUUUUACAAUAAAAACGCUGCAUU